AUGCCACCACGUUUAGACGUGCCUUCGGGCACUCAUACCAAGAUGAUGGUGUCGCCACCACGCUUGAACUUGCGCAGAGCAGCUUCUUAUACACAGGUUUCGAACGAAAAGCUGCCUCUAUCGGCAACAUCGUCGAGUUUCAACUUCAAUCACCUACUCUUCUCACCUCCACCAUCACCAGGGCUUCCCGUCCUCGUCACCCGGCCAAGGAAGCCCUCCAAUGCCCCGCGACCAAGUAGGGUGUUUCGGGGUCUCGGAUGGAUCGUUACUAUCUUGAUUUUUCUCUAUGUCUCGAGGGUGGUGGUCCGGAAAAAUGUCAAGCUGCCACUGGUGGGAGGAUGGGAAAAGACUGGAGAUUUUGAAAUGGUUGGACAGUAUGAUCUACCAGAAUUUCCAACGCCAAUUGCUGUCACAGAUCGACGUGGCCGGUCGAAAUGGACCGUUUCGAUACCCCACACAUACAACUUUCCCCUAACCACAAAGGAGUACGCGGAGAUUUGUGCCAAAUGCCACGAGGUGGCAGCACACGUCAGAGAACUACAGGGUGACUCCCAUCCGUCUCAGCGGGCACAGCUGGAUUAUUAUUACCAAGAUCCCCAUUUCGUCGAUGUUUACGAAGCCGAAGACCGCGGGCUCCUCCCAGUCGUGACCGCCGAGGCCCAGCAGAGCUCGUCUGUUAACCAGGGCGGCCAUUUUGUGGGGAGUGAUGGGCUCGAGAUGGCAGGAAAGCCGGUAUGCAAAACGUCGAUGACCUUUGUGCUCGAAUCUCCGGAGGCAGGCCUCGGGCCCACGCUCAUGAUGUUGUGGAUUGCAUAUGGCUUGGCCCAGAAGGAGGAUCGUGCCUUUUUCAUUGACGACUCGAGAUGGGCUUACGGAGACUUUACGGGCAUAUUUCAGACACCACCUGUGCCCGAUUGUAAACCGCCGCCAAGGCACGAGAUGCUCCCUUGCCCACACCACGCCCGUCACCUUGUCGUCUCGGUUGCAACAGCUCGUGAAACUUUUGGCAAGAGCUUCGACUAUCAGUAUGAACAGCUUGAGAGGAAUGAUAUCAAGCGCGAGAAGCCCACGUAUGAGUUGGCUCGCGCCGGAUAUGAAGCAUUGUUUCGGUUGAACGACGAGGACCAGACUUUUGUCAACCUACGCAUCAAGGAUCUGAGGGAGAAGACCAUAGUUCCCACGGGCAACAACAAUGACGGUUCCCUCAUUGGGGUCCACAUUCGACAGGGCGACCAACAUCCCUUUGAAAGCGAGUACAGUGCGACUUAUAUGCCAUUUGAUCGGUACACCGAAGCCAUACAGCAGAUCCUUGAAGACGCCCACAAUGGCAGCAUGCCCGAUGGUGCCGAAGACACUGUGGCCAAACAGUAUUCGCAGAUUGUUCUCGCCUCAGAUAACCCCGAAGUAUACGAUGCCGAAGAGUUCUCAGGCUCAAUCCGAGCACAAGAAAGGAUAAGACUUGCUAGCAUAGCCCACCCUCCACCACCUAAUCAAGACCCUCAUGUUAUGCACAAAUUUCAAGAGGAGACAUUUGGAUGGGAGGGGGGUUUCUUUGCCAGUAUGUUCUGGAACCUGGGCCGUUCGACGCGCAACAAUGCUGGCUCCAACACGGUCGUUCUUUCAUCCGAGGCAACGAGGCUGAGGAGCCUGAUUGGUCGCUCAUACAUGUUGGACCUGGCUAUACUCGCGCAGGGAACAGAUACCGUCGUGUGCACGGUCAGUUCAGCCGCCUGCCGUCUUGCGGCCGUGAUGAUGGGCUGGGAGAAGGCCAUGGAAGACGGCAACUGGGUCAACAUUGAUGGAAAUUAUCUCUGGACCGGAGUGUCAUUAUAG